CUUAUCGAAAUUAUUAUCGUCUCUAACCAAUUGACACCACGUCGUUUUUUGUUAUGAUUUUCGUGUCUAAAUUGUGAAAUAUUCAGUGGAAUUAAGAGCAUCCUGCAUGUUCGCAGGGCCGCAGCAUGGUGUACAUCGACCGCAAUGGUCGCGUCUGCGAGAAGCGUCCUUGGGACUGGCAGCGAAUAGUGGAAAUAUUUGUGGGGAUCUGGUUCAUCAUUAAGCAAUUAUUCCAGACGUUCCUAGCCCCCUUCAACGGAGGCACCAACAACGAUAAUCGACGGGGCGGUGGCAAUGGUUGGGGAGGUGGUGGAGGAGGCGGUGGUGGUGGCGGAGGAGGUGGCAGCAGUGGUGGCGGCGGAGGAGGAGGAGGAGGAGGAUUAAGGCCGAACCGACGAAUUGGCCGGAUUCAAAACUCCAUGUCCUGCAAUACACCUGCUGGUGGCGGCGGAUGAGGAUAGUAGCGGCAUCCAACGGACGGAUGUCGCGCAUAUCCCUAGAUGAGUCGGAUGAAGCAGCACCUUACAAGACUCCGAUACCAGGUUCAUAUCUCGCCCAAGGUGGCGCUUAUGAGGCAGCAUUCUUCAACUCAAACUUGAGAGGAUUGCUGCGGAUGCGAUUGAACAUCUGAUAUCGGGGUCGCUGUGAAGUUUGACCAUUAUAAACUAGCUCGAUUUUAUCCAUUAAAUUUUCUAUACUAAUCGAA